AAUUGGUCCGUGGCGCACAUUAGUCCAUUUCAAAUUUGGCAGGGAUUGAGCGACCGCGGCGGCGCCAUCCGCACUCUCUGACAGAUCUUACACAGAUCUGACAGACCACUGUUUCAGCCGUGUUUCACUUCGUAGCUCACGUUCCUCAUUCUUGUCCCUCCUCCGCCAUUGGCGUGCUCGAGGCUCUGCAUCCGGUGUGUGCGUACCCCUGCAGUUUGUGACGUGGUCGACGAACGUUUAAUCGCACGGUGUUCGCUGUGAAUUCAUCGGAACUUUGGAAUCCACCGCGUGCUGCCUCAACAAUGGACCAAUCGCUGCUGGACCUCCCGGACGACGCGCUGCUGGCCGUGCUGGCCUACCUGUCCCCGGCGGAGCUGCUGGGCUGCCGGGUGGUGUGCCGCCGCCUGCGCGACCUGUGCGUGCACCGCCACUUGUGGAAGUCCGCCGCCGUAGACUGCGAACUGCUCUCGGCGCUUCGCGUCGCCCCAUGCCUCCGGAAACUCUCUUUCGAGGACUUGGACCUGAAGCUGACGCCGGCGGAAAAGGUGGCGUCUUUGGUGGCCAGCACCGAGUGCGUCGUCGAUUAUCUGAAGUUUCUUGUGAAUUUUGACAAUGACGAAACGGAGUUGGCGUUGGCUACGGCCGUAGUUCAGAAAUUUACCGCUCUUGGUGGCUUGAGAGCGCUCAGACUGAUUUUCCUGUACAAAAUCAGGUCACCUGCUCCGGUGGCAUCCCUUUUGAAGGCGGCUCUUAGUGUUCCCGAUCUCCGUGAACUGAUGAUCUUUAUGAGAGUUAAGUCAUCACGAAUGCCGGUUCCCUGGCUUGAAGAGUUAGACGCAAGACCCUCUUUAAUCAAGCUGACUUAUUUGGGAAAAUGUGACCGCUUCCUCACAUGGUUGUUGAAGACUCAUGCGGACACCCUGGAGGAUGUGAACCUGAUGUGUGAUGAUCGUCUCCCCAUAAACUUGUUAGCUAUGUUGCCAAGGCUUCGCUCCCUGGCUUGCAACACGACACAUGGCUUGCUUUACUCAGCGGCUCUGUCCAACCUCGACACCCUCAAGUUGUUCAACAAAGAUCAAGAUUUUUCCGUCUUCCCUCCAAGUGCUCUAGACUUUCUCCGCCAGGCGCCCCACCUCAGAUCAGUAUCGGUUUUCUUACCUUGUGGAGAAAAUUUAACGGUCCCUCUGCAGGCUCUGGCGAGCUCACCCUCUGCCCGCUGUAUCGAAUCCCUCACUCUGAGCUGGAAGGGCUCGUAUGAGUCUGCUUCAGUCGCUUCGGAGUUGGUAGCCAACAUCCUGCCCCACUUCUCUUCCCUUCAGUCCCUGUCCUUGGAGUCCAAGCUCUCUGAAGACGCUCUGGUCUUCUUCCUUAAAGCAGUCACCCCUGUGUCUGCACCCACCCUCACCUCGCUCUUGGUGCGGCCAGAUGAGUUAUGCAUGCACGACUGGUUGCAUGGGCCCCUGGUUCAGGACCUCUGGGAGAGGAACCCUCGCCUCCACCUACGCGUGGACUGCCCUAGCGAAUUCUGCCUAUGCAUUUGUCAGUGGUGCCGCUGGGGAUGUCAUACUGUGCUGCAGAAAGCCGGCAAUCUUCAUCAACUUACGUUUGCUGCUCACCGCAGGGUGGAGGGCUGCCCUAGUGACUGUCGCAGGUGGCCGCAGUGACUGAUAUCGUGACAGACAUCUCCCUGCGUCCCUGGAAAGGCUUGUUUGAAGUCCCUGUUUGUUUGACCUGCAUGGAUUGAGACUAUCCGUGCCAAAUGUCUUUUUGUUAGAAACUAUGACUUGAUUAUUUCAGAGCCUGUGGCAUAACUUGUUCAAUUUUAAACUCUGUAAAUUCUAAGAGAACUUUGUAAACUAAUACCUAUCAGUUGUGCGGUGGCAUUUACUUUGUUUGCGAAACACCUUUCUUUGUAUGUAACAUUAUGUUAGCAAUUAACAUAGUCAAUUUUUCUUUGUAUACGUGAUUAUAGAAGUGCCACCGCCUAUCAGAACUUUUUGUUUUGUAAAAGUGAACACUGAGGUGAACACUGAGAAUAACUAAAGAAUAAUUAAUUGAUGGCUAAUGAACAAGCUAUUUAAACUCAAACUUGUU